AUGGCCCUCUCAAAUCUUGACUACGAUAUUCUCAACAACAUGAACUAUGUGGAUGACAUCGACUUCAGCGACUUUACCCUAUUUCCUACCAGCAACGACGUAGAUCUUGACCACCUCCCAGAUCUCAAUUUCUUUCCGGACUUCGACUCCACCCUGUUUCCUACCAGCAACGACGUAGAUCUUGACCACCGCCCAGAUCUCAAUUUCUUUCCGGAAUUCGACUUCAACCCUCAGUCUCCAUACUUACCUACUCCUUGCUCAGCGUCCUCCCACGUCGCUGUGACCUCGACCGACACAUGA